UGUAAGUUUGGCUCAAGCUUGUUUCUCCAUGAAGCCCGAACAGAAAAGGUUGUUUUGCACCGUCUUGAAAAAUGCCAAAUUACCAAAAGGAUGCGCUUCUAAUAUAUCACAUCGUGUGCAAGUGAAGGAGAUGAAAAUAUCGGGGUACAAGAGUCAUGAUGCUCAUUUUAUAAUGCAUUACCUACUCCAGGUUGCCGUUAGAAAAGUGCUGCCCAAGAAUGUUUCAUUAACCUUGAUUAGAUUGGGCAAUUUCUUCAGAGCCAUAUGUAGUAAGGUUAUAAGAAGAAGAGAUCUUGAGAAACUGGAUUCUGAAAUUGUUGAAAUAAUAUGUGACCUCGAAAGGAAUUUUCAUCCAACAUUUUUUGAUAUAAUGCCACAUUUACCUAUUCAUUUAGUGAAUGAAAUUAAGCUUGGGGGUCCGACUCAUCUUUGCUGGAUGUAUCCCAAUGAGAGGCACCUUUGUAAGUUGAAGACGUUCGUUCGUAAUCGAUCUUGUGCAGAAGCAUCAAUAGCAGAGGGUUUUUUGGCUGAAGAGUGCUUGACCUUUUGUUCAAGAUACCUACGCGAUGGUGUGAAGACAAGAUUCAGUAGGUACCAGACUGAGGAUGAUGAAUGUGUUCAGAAUUUGUCACCUAUAUUCCCUAAGAUAGGUCAUCUAAUUGGAAUUGAGCAGAAAAAGGAUUCGACUUUUAUGAUGGAUCCACAGUUACGUUAUGAGGCACAUCGGUAUGCUUUAUUCAACACUGGAGAUGAACAAGUUGAAAAGUUUAUCGAGCCCUUCCACUCAGAAAAGAAAAAGAGGUGGAACACAAAUGCAAAGUGUACAUGGACGGAGUGAGCGCAAACUGAUCGUGCUAAAUGAGUUGCACCAAUCCAUUGGUCCUAUUGAAGCAAUUGUUAAAGAGUUGGGUAGCUUCCUCGGCACAUUAGCAAGGAAUGGGACCUUUUGUCCUCUUAAUGUGUUUAAAUGGAAGAAAUUGAAGACACAUGAUGAUAUGUGGAACUAUACCUUGGAGAAAUAUGACAUUCCUAAAGUAGCGAAAGAAUGGACUUUGCGAACAAUUCAACUUGCUUGGAGAAAGUAUAAGAAUGGGUUGAAGAAGAAACACUACUAUCGCUACGCCAAUGACGAACUUCGAAUGGCAAAAAGGCCUAAAGAAGUUUCAGAAUCUCAGUUUAAGGCUCUCCUCGAAUAUUGGAACUCCGAUGCGGCUCAAGACAUGUCCAGAAAAAAUACAGAGAAUAAAAAGUUGAGGUAUCCACACACUGUUGGCAAAACAAGUUUUGCUAUAAUCCAUGAGAAAAAAAAGAAGGAAAAUCCUGAAGCUUUGUCAAGUAAGGAGUUUUUUAUGGCUACUAGAAGAAGGAAACCAGGCCGAGUAUACAAGGACUCAUAUGAAGAUACGACUAGCAAAAUAGCUGAAAUGGAGAGAAUUGAAACUCAAGAAAGUGAAGGUGGCAGUCAAUCAGUUGACGCAUAUGUAUCAGUAAUGGGACCUGAUCAUCCAGGUCGAGUAAGAUUGUAUGGACGUGGGGUUACCAAGACUCUCUUGAAACAGAAAGCAGCGGAUUCUGGACCCUCUUCAAAUGUUACUGAUGAUAUGGAGAAAAAAAUGGAGGAGAUAGAAGAGAGGAUGCAACAAAGAAUGCAGGAAAAAUUCAACGCUCAAAAGGAUACCAUGGAAAAAGAUAUUACAAUGAAAGUCAUUGCAAAAAUUCAGCAGCUAAAUCCAGAAUUCCAACUUGAUCCUAAUAUGUUAAGGUUCAGUGUUCGUUCGCCAGGAGAAGCUUCUUCUGCACCUGGUGUCGAAAAUGAAGAAAGGGAAGGAGACAGUGAAGACAUUGGUCUUACUUGAGAAGAUCUUUUAUGAAGAUUUCUACAUGUUCUAAGAAUCCUUUUGCUAUCGAACAUUUUGAAACUUAUCCUAAAUCUUGAAAUGUAAAACUUAAUUGCAUUUUGGGUUGAACAUUUUGCUUUUACGGGUAUAUAUGUUGGAUUAGGAAUGUUGGAUAUUUUGGAUUAUGAAAAAUUGU